GCAUAACAAAGUGUUUCUCCGGGUUAUUUUAACUGUUAUACUUCAGGUUAAAUCACGGUCGUAUGUUUAUCAAUUAUAUUUAUCUUUAAAGAUCUCUUCGUGCCAUCUGUAGUAGAUGUACAUAAUGACAAGCUUAUUUGCUAAGGUUAGCCAUGAAUUUGUUUUACUAUUUAGCGUAUUUAAUUUGAUAAAUAGUCACGUUACUUUAAUUCAUUAAUACUAUUCAUAACGUGUAACUUUAAUAGCACUUUUGCAGCCGUGUUUUUUUUUCAUGUCAUGGAGGUGCAUGCAUGCGCUCAGGGACAGGCAACGUCGGUCCUGGAGUGCCGUUGCCCUGCAGAUUUUAGCUCCAACCCUAAUCAAACACACAUGAACAAGCUAAUCAGUGUCUUCAGGAUUACACUGGCUGAAUCCGAAAUGGCAUACUACUUUACUAUAUAGUAGGCAAAAAGCAGUAGGCGAGAAAUACCCUGGUGGACUAGUUCUUGCGAGAUUUGGGGUGCUUCUCAAUAUGCCUCCUCGUGAUGGGUCGUUCUUGAAAAUGAACGAAUCUUUAAUGUGACUCGGGAAGAACGAGUCGUCUCGAGUAGUGAUUUGUCCAGUCGCGCAUGCGCAUUGCACAACAUUUUAUGGGUCCUGUGACAAAAGAACGAACGACUCAAACCCGAAGACUCGGGAGGUGAACUAAUCAAUUCUCUUUCCGGCUCAGACUGCAUUGGUAAAGCGUAGGGGGCUGUAACGUGAUGAACGAACGACUCAAACCCGAAGACUCGGGAGGUGAACUAAUCAAUUCUCUUUCCGGCUCUGACUGCAUUGGUUUAGCUUACGAAGCUGUCACGUCGUGAACGAACGAGUCAAACCCGAGGACUUGUCAGAUAAGAGGUGUGGUGAGCUAAUCAUAGACUAAAGACCCAGGUAAACAAUGAAUUAAUCUUUUCUGUUUCUUAUAGCAUUAUAGUUUGUAUUGUUUGUAAUGUGAUCAACGUUUGCAUAAGUAGUAGAUGUGUUAGGAAAGUAACAUGUAACAUUUUAACUGUAUUUUGCUAAAAUUAACAAAAUGAACGAUAUGACUCGAAAAAGAUUUGUUCAUUUUGCUGAACGAGACUCAAAGGUCCGAGUCAGUAAAAUGAUCCGAACUUCCCAUCACUAUCCUCGUUUCCUCGCUCCUCCGUUCUCCAUCCUAUGACCCGUGCUCGAUCGGUUUCGAUCGGUUAAGGAUGUCUCAAUUCUCUUAUUGCACCGGGAGGAGGCGAGGAUCGACAAGAGAGGAGGCUUUCUGAGGAGUCAUGAGCGAGGAUACACACGCGUUUCCUUUGCGGAAGUGUUUUAUCCACUAAACCUGACGUGCGCAUUAUUCUCCUCCCCUUGCACAUCGUCACAUCUUUAGAUCAUAUUCAAACAUGCAAAAAUGUGUAUACCUAUAGACAGUAUAGAUAAUAUUCAUAAAGUUAAUAUAUUAAUAUAGUUAAUAUUUAUGUAUAACAUAUAUUUGAUAAACAUUAUAUACAUUUCUGACCACUUAUUUUUAUUAUGAAAUCUGCCUAAAGUAUGUAUUUAACUUUAUUUUUUAUAUUUCAAUGUGCAAUGUGUACAGUCAUCAUUAAUUGACGACGCUUUGAAGUGAUGCUAAAGGGAGCGAGGAUAUGCCAUUUCACUUCUUUAUAUUCCUCCGUCCUCGUUUCUUUUCCUUGUUCCCUUCCCUCGCAUCCUGAAGGGGUGGAGCUAAGACGUGAGGAAAGGAAGCGAGGAAAGGAAACGAGGAUGCGCAAAUAAGAAUUGAGAAGCACCCUUGGACGUGCGUAUACUAAUGUUGCUUCCGAAUACGCCUACUUACCUACUAUGUAGUAGGAGAAAACAGUACUUGAACAGAGUAGAGUAGUAUGUCCGAAUCGUCAGUAUUCAUAAAAGAGUGGCCGAGAAAUUCCCGGAUGGCUUACUGAUUACGGCCAGAUUCUUAAGCACUCAGCGACGGACACUUGAGAUACUUCUAUAUCCCAUGAGCCCACGGGACAGAAUACCAUGCACAGCCCGCACAACAUUCUCAGCCGACUUUCAUGUACAAUUAAACAUGUUAAUUAUUGUAAAGCUAAUGUAACAUUAACAUUGCUUUGUUCUUAAAUUGACCGUGUUUUAUAUUGUGCAUAGUUUUAAUUCAUAGAAUUUAAAUACGAAGCAUUAGAUUUUCUGCACUUUAUUUACGUUUGUGUUUUAUAUGUACUGUAUAUUUGCCAUUUACAAUAUUAUAUAUAACUUAAAUGUUUUCUCACAGAUAUAGCAAAAUACAUUAUAAUUAUUCACAAGAUAAUUUUAAUCAGGUUGUUUUAACGGAUACACUUCGGCGCAAUUCAACUUUCUAAUCACCUUUUAUAAACAAAUAAUUACAAAACACAAAUAAGCCCUAAACCAAUUAAUUACUCAAAUUAAAUUACUUAUUUAUCCAAACGAAAAAUGAAGAGACGUGUAAAAAUGGUUUAAUUUUAUGGACAAGGAAAUAGGAGAAAGUCAAAGUUAAACGAGAGCGUGGUCGGAUAACAUUAGGAUAACGUCCAUGUUAAAACAUACUUAGCAGCACAUAAAAAGAACACAGAAGAGAUUUACUCAGGUUGUUUUUAAUACUACAAUAGAAUGCAUAUUAGAGCAACGUCUACGUGAGAGACAUCAACCAAUAGGCAGAAUAUUUGGAAAGAAGAGGAAUACAAACAACGUAAUUUUUAAUUUUAAGAUAAACUGUAUAUGCUGUUAAAUAGUGGAUGUGUGUGCACAGGCGAUCUCUGUUUAUAAUUCAAAUAGAAUUACGCUGCCUAUAAAGCCUGUCCGAAUCCGUCUCUGAGAGUUGCCUUCAUGCGCAAACGCUGCCUCCGUAGUCAUUGCCUGAUUGGGCAGCGAGGCAACAAGUUAGCUGCCUAAGCUUUUGGACGUAGUGGUUGUGUCCCAUUUUGCCUACUUAGAAUUUAGAAUACGUAUGCAUAGUUAUGGAAAAGUUUUCCAUAGACCAAAAGUACUUUUUGGUGUGUAGCAAAUUAGUAUACACCCAUUGUGACGUACAAACAUGAAAAACGUGGUUAACAGUUAUACACAUUAAAAUACAGCUCCUCUUUGCAUUCAAGUGUUUCAUUCACUUCAUUCAUUCGUUAUUUAAACAUACUAUGAUUUUGGCCAUACUAAUUUAAAAUUCUAAUACUAUUUAGGAUGGGGUAAUAUGCAGAAUUGGGAUGCAGGGUGAGAGUCAGCCUACUCUGUGUUAAUUAAACCUAUAAGUCAGCUGUUCUUAAACCGAAAACUCAGACCCUGCGGCCUAAUUUGCAUAUUAUCUCAUUUAUCUAUUAUCUUAACAUUUUUACCUUUUUUGUUAAAAUAUUUUGUUAAAAGUUGUUAAUGUGAGAAUGUAUUUAUUUAUUUUGGCAGGUCUGUUCCACCAUACCACACAGUGAUGUUCAGUGAAGUUGUUCACAAUAAAUAGAGACAUAAUUCUUAUAAUCCUGCAAGUAAGGGGACCACUGAAAGUGAUGAACUGAAUGAAGUUCAGUCAUCAGUGUCAGAAUCUUGUUUUGCCAGAAAUGUCUUCUAGUAGUGUGCAGAAAAACAAGAUUUACUUUCCAGAAAGAAAGCAAAGCUCAAAAGCAGGCAAGUCCUUGACCUGCCCUCAUUGUGGAAAGUGUUUCAGAUACAAAUGUCGUCUUGAGGACCACAUGAGAACUCACACUGGAGAUUGCCCUUUCGCAUGUCCUCAGUGUGGAAAGAGUUUCAAACUGAAAGCAACGCUUGAGAUGCAUAUGAGAAUUCACACUGGAGAGUGUCCAUACAUAUGUCCUCAGUGUGGAAAGAGUUUCACACAGAAAACCCAUCUUAAAGUGCACAUGAGAAUUCACACUGGAGAGCGUCCAUACUCGUGUCCUCAGUGUGGAAAGGGUUUCAAACGCAAAUCAACGCUUGAGGAGCACACGAGAAUUCACACUGGAGAGUGCCCAUAUGCAUGUCCUCAGUGUGGAAAGGGUUUCAAACAGGAAAAUAAUCUCAAGGUGCAUAUGAGAAAUCACACUGGAGAGCGCCCAUUCUCAUGUCCUCAGUGUGGAAAGAGUUUCAAACGCAAAUCAACGCUUGAGAACCACAUGAGAAUUCACACUGGAGAGCGCCCAUACGUAUGUCCUCAGUGUGGAAGAAGUUUUAAACAGAAAUCAAAUCUUGAGACACAUAUGAGAUUUCACAACGGAGAGUGUCCAUACACUUGUCCUCAUUGUGGAAGGAGUUUUACAAACAAAAGUCAUUUUGAGGGCCACGUGAGAACUCACACUGGAGAGCGUCCGUACACAUGUCUUCAGUGUGGAAAAAGUUUGAAAGAGAAAUCAUCACUUAAGAUGCACAUGAGAAUUCACACUGGAGAGCGCCCAUACACAUGUUCUGAGUGUGGAAGGAGUUUCAAACACAUAUCAACAUGUGAGUUGCACAUGAAAAUUCACACUGAAGAGCAUGAGAAGACAUCUCUGAACAUUUUGAUGCAAGAAAUACCUUCUGGUCAUUUUGAGGAGCACAUGAGAAUGCACACUAGAGAGCAUCAAUACACAUGUUCUCAGUGUGGAAAGAGUUUCAAAAAGAAAGGUAAUCUUAACGUGCACAUGAGACUUCACACUGGAGAUCACCCAUACGCAUGUCCUCAGUGUGGAAGGCGUUUCAAACAAAAGUCAACUCUUGACCGGCACAGAGUAAUUCACACUGGAAAGCGUCCAUAUUCAUGUCCUCAGUGUGGAAAGAGUUUCAAACGCAAAUCAACGCUUGAGGACCACAUGGGAAUUCACACUGAAGAGCGCCCAUACGCAUGUCCUCAGUGUGGAGAGAGUUUCAAACGCAAGUCAACGCUUGAGAGGCACACAGGAAUUCACACUGGAAAGCGUCCAUAUUCAUGUUCUCAGUGUGGAAAGUGUUUCAAACGCAAAUCAACACUUGAGGACCACAUGAGAAUUCACACUGAAGAGCGCCCAUACCCAUGUCCUCAUUGUGGAAAGGGUUUUAAACGCAAAUCAACAGUUAAGAAUCACAUCAGAAUUCACACUGGAGUGCGACCAUACACGUGUCCGCAGUGUGGAAAGAGUUUUAUACAGAAAUCAAGUUUUGAGGUCCACAUUAGAAUUCACACUGGAGAGCGCCCAUACUCAUGUCCUCAGUGUGGAAAGAGUUGCAGACAGAAAAGUCAUCUUGAGGAGCACAUGAGAAGUAUGUUCCACCAUACCACCAUGAAUGAAGUUGAGGAGAAACAUCAGUGUCAGAAUCUUGUAAUGCUAGAAAUGUCUUCAAGUAGUGGGCAGAAGAACGAGAUUUUCUCAAAGAAAAGAAAGCAAAGCACAGAAGACGGCAAGCCUCUCAUCUGCCCUCAGUGUGAAAAGUGUUUCAGAUACACACGUCAUUUUGAGGACCACAUGAGAACUGACACUGGGGUGUGCGCAUAUACAUGCCCCCAUUGUGGAAAGAGUUUCAGACAUAAAUCAGCUACUAAGGCACAUAUUAGAAUUCAUACUGGUGAGUGCCCAUAUGCAUGUUCUCAGUGUGGAAAGAGUUUCAAAAGCAAAAGUCAGUUUGAGGUCCACAUGAGAAUUCACACUGGAGAGUGCCCAUACACAUGUCCUCAGUGUGGAAAGAGUUCAACAAGUAAAUCAAAUCUUGCAGCACAUAUGAGAAUUCACACUGGAGAGCGCCCAUAUGCAUGUCCUCAGUGUGGAAAGAGUUCAACAAGUAAAUCAAAUCUUGCAGCACAUAUGAGAAUUCACACUGGAGAGCGCCCAUAUGUAUGUCCACAGUGUGAAAAGAGUUUCAGAGAUAAAGCAAAUCUUGGAAUCCAUACGAGAAUUCACACUGGAGAGCGGCCAUAUGUAUGUCCACAGUGUGGAAAGAGUUUUAAACAGAAAUCAGCGCUUGAGGGCCACAUGAGAAUUCACACUGGAGAGUCCCCAUACACAUGUCCUCAGUGUGGAAAGAGUUUUAGAGAGAAAAAUAAUCUUAAGAUGCACGUGAGGAUUCACACUGAAGAGCGCCCAUACACGUGUACUCCGUGUGGAAAGAGUUUCAUACGCAAAGCAACGCUUGAGAAGCACAUGAGAAUUCACACUGGAGAGCGCCCAUACGUAUGUCCUCAGUGUGGAAAGAGUUCUAAACAGAAAAUUAAUCUUGAGGUGCACAUGAGAAUUCACACUGGAGAGCGCCCAUACACAUGUCCUCAGUGUGGAAAGAGUUUCAAACGCAAAUCAACAAUUAAUCAGCACAUGAGAAUUCAUGCUGGACAGCAUCCAUGAACUUAACUUCAGUAUGGAGAGAGUUUUCACCUUCAAAUGUAUUUGCUGUAUAUAGGCAUAUAGGCAGGGCUUUCAUCAAACCACACUGAGCCAAUAGCCUCACACCUCCACCUGCAGGGUGUUCUGAAGUAUUUGGUGCCUGAGAUUUUCUGUGAUGCUGGGCGGAGCAAACAUGAAUGUGCAUGAAUUUCCUGCCUAACGUUAAAGUGCUAGACACGUUUUCAAAAACGACACAAUGAUGUGCAACAGUUUGCUCAAAAAUAAGGCUGUAACCCUCAUUAUUUGAAAAAAUUGCAAAUUAAACAUUUAUUCUUCAAGCCACCUCUCCUUUUUUUGCUCAGAGCUGCCUAACAUUCCAUAUUGAUAGGGCCAUUAGGGGGUUGGGUCUUACUCUGUCCAGGUGUGAAGUACAUCAAUAUUCAUGGCCAUUGACACCCCUUCACAUAAGGCCUUAUUUACAAAGCAAAAUAUUUCUGAGAACUUCACUGUUAUCUUAUAAAUGUGUGUUACUGUACCCAAAGUUGAAUAUUUAGAUAUCGGCCCCAAAUCAAUUUGUAAUGUCAGUUCAAUGCGAUAAACGCAUGUUUUAAAGUUGCUGGUUUUCUGUAAUGUGAUGAGUUAGUUUUAAAACAGUUUGUGCAGUUUUACUGUAUUGAGGGGGUCCGAAAACCAGUCAGUAUCUGGUGUGACCACCAUUUGCCUCACGCAGUGCAACACAUCCCCUUUGCAUAAAGUUGAUCAAGUUGUUGAUUGUGACCUGUGGAAUGUUGGUCCACUCCUCUUCAAUGGCUGUGCAAAAUUGCUGGAUAUUGGCAGGAACUGGAACACGCUGUCGUAUACGCCGAUCCAGAGCAUCCCUCUCAAUGGGUGACAUGUCCGGUGAGUAUGCUGGCCAUGCAAGAACUGGGAUGUUUUCAGCUUCCAGGAAUUGUGUACAGAUCCUUGCAACAUGGGGCCGUGCAUUAUCAUUCUGCAACAUGAGGUGAUGGUCGUGGAUGAAUGGCACAACAAUGGGCCUCAGGAUCUCGUCACGGUAUCUCUGUGCAUUCAAAAUGCCAUCAAUAAAAUGCCUGUGUUCGUUGUGCAUAACAUACGCCUGCCCAUACCAUAACCCCACCACCACCAUGGGCCACUCGAUCCACAACGUUGACAUCAGCAAACUAACUGUUCACUACAUCGGGAUGAAAAAUAUAUGGAAAUCGGGUCGUCAGUCCUUAUAUGUAUGUGACGUUACAGUAUGGCCAUAGUGAUUAUAUCGGGUGUGAUCGACGUGCAUUAAAGAGCUUUA